CCAGCGGCAGUGGCGGCCAACGCCCUUCGUAGCAGUGUUGCGGAUACUAUAUAAACAGCGGACUGGUCAACCAGUCACCACAGUCUCACAGGCAUUCAACCCACUCGCCUUUCUCAACUCACAACAUGAAAUUUCUGGUGAUUGUCUUGGCCGCCUGCGUGGCCGUCGCCUGCUGCCAGGAGACGAGAGAGAAGCGCGGCCUCCUGGGGGCGGGAGUGCUGGCCGCCCCCGCCGCUGUGCUGGCGCCGCGCGUCCUCGCCGCCCCCGCCGUAGCCGCCGCCCCCAUCCUCGCCGCACCUGCCAUUGCCCACGCCCCUCUGGGUCUGGGCUUGGGUCACGCCAUCAUCGGCUGAACCACUACAUACUAAUUUAUAAGUGUCUAUGUGUACCGCGUCUCCGCAAAUAAAUGGUUUCUGUAGCCUC